CCCAGGACGUCCCUUAUGGGAAUGUUCCAGCUGUGCCUCCCCCGGGGGGGGGGCCGGGCCCUGCUGGGGCUGCGGCUGCUCCGGGGCCCCCCCGGCCCCGCCCGGGCCGUGAGUUACCAACCCCUGCGCAAGGUCCUGGUGGCCAACAGGGGUGAGAUCGCCAUCCGGGUGUUCCGGGCGUGCACGGAGCUGGGGAUCCGGACGGUGGCCGUGUACUCGGAGCAGGACACGGGGCAGAUGCAUCGCCAGAAGGCCGACGAGGCCUAUUUGGUGGGCAGGGGGCUGCCCCCCGUGCAGGCCUACCUGCACAUCCCCGACAUCAUCCGCGUGGCACAGGAGAACGGGGUCGAUGCCAUCCACCCCGGGUACGGGUUCCUGUCCGAGCGGGCCGACUUUGCCCAGGCCUGUGUGGACGCGGGGGUUCGGUUCGUGGGGCCCUCCCCCGACGUCGUGCGCAAGAUGGGCGACAAAGUGGAGGCUCGGGCCAUCGCCAUCGCUGCCGGGGUCCCGGUGGUCCCCGGGACGCCGUCCCCGGUGUCGUCGCUGGCCGAGGCUCAGGAAUUCGCCUCCCGGGUCGGGUUCCCCGUGAUCCUCAAGGCCGCCCACGGGGGCGGCGGCCGCGGGAUGAGGAUGGUCCGGGAGCCCCAGGAGCUGGAGGAGAACUUCUCCCGCGCCACCUCCGAGGCCUUGGCGGCUUUUGGGAACGGGGAACUGUUCGUGGAGAAGUUCAUCGAGAGGCCGCGGCACAUCGAGGUCCAGAUCCUGGGUGACUCCCACGGGAACGUGGUGCACCUGCACGAGCGGGAUUGCUCCAUCCAGCGGCGGCACCAGAAGGUUGUGGAGAUCGCCCCGGCCGCCCGGCUGCCCCCCGAGCUCCGCGCCCGCCUGGCCAACGACGCCGUGCGCCUGGCACAGCAGGUGGGCUACGAGAACGCGGGCACGGUGGAGUUCCUGGUGGACCAGAACGGGGACUAUUAUUUCAUCGAGGUCAACUCGAGGCUGCAGGUGGAGCACACGGUCACCGAGGAGAUCACCGAUGUGGACCUGGUCCAUGCCCAGCUCCAGGUGGCCGCGGGCCGGUCCCUGCCCGAGCUGGGGCUGGUGCAGGAGAACAUUCGGGUCAAUGGUUGUGCCAUCCAGUGCCGCGUCACCACCGAGGACCCCGCGCGCGGCUUCCAGCCCGACACGGGACGCAUCGAGGUGUUCCGCUCCGGGGAGGGGAUGGGGAUCCGCCUGGACUCGGCCUCAGCGUUCCAGGGGGCCCUGAUCUCGCCCCACUACGACUCCCUGCUGGUGAAGGUGGUGGCCCACGGGCCCGACCAGCCCGCGGCCGCCGCCAAGAUGAGCCGGGCCCUGGCCGAGUUCAGGAUCAGGGGGGUCAAGGUGGGCGCGGGGGGGGGCUCGGGGGGGGGCAGCAGGGGCUGGGGGGGCUUGGGGG